AUUUUAAAUAGGAUUUUUAUCAAGUUUUACUAACUUUAAAAUUAAAAAGGUUGAAGGAAUACUUCACUUCAAUUCCUGCUUUUAUUUUUCCAUAUUUCGUUGCAUUUUUACCAAGUUUUAAAAAUAGCAGCAACAGACUGCCUCUGUUUGCACAAACGGCACCGAAAUAUCCGCCGAGAAACGGAGACGGGCCAAUAAAAAAAAAGGAAAGAAAGAAGCCAUCAGAUGGAGAGAUGAAGGAGAUGUGGCCAAACUGACACAUUCCUGGAGAAGAAGGAGCAGAGUGAAAGGGCCAAAGGGGGAGGCAGGGGGGAGGGGGAGGAGGAGGAGGAGAGGAAGAGGUCUCUGUCAUAGGGGUGUUAAGGUAGCGGCAGAUUUUCACACCCCUCCAUUUGUCCCCCUCCUUAGGUGUGUGGAGGUGUCAGAUCGCAUCGCCGCGUGCACUCUGGAAGCGCUGACGACCGGGGAGCUGAUUAGCGGCUUGGGAAGCUUCUAAACGUAUCGAUCAGGAGCCGUUUGAGCCGAUUGGAAACUUUUUUGGGGUGAAAAGUCGCAAACUUUCAUAGCUUAGAGGGGAGAUGUUGACAAUCACAGCUUGAUGAUGUCUUCCAAGCGACCAGCCUCUCCAUAUGGGGGGACAGAUGGAGAGGUAACCAUGGCAACCAGCAGACAGCGAGUGGAGGAUGAGGAAAACGAGGGACUGGGCGGUGUCAUCCACCUCCCUCUGGCCUCCUACUGUGGCAAGGUGUCCCCUCGCUCGCCCUCUAACCGAAAUCUGGAAAGCCCUGCCAACACGGAGCACGACGGCAGCAAAGGAAGCUCCCUGAGUCCGUAUCCUCAGCACAAUGCUACCUCACCGGGGAAGGAGGAGGGCGUUGGCGGGGGACGCCCCUGCAGUGACGGGGGCUUCGGCAUGGGACCCCUCGGGACCCCUGAGAGGCGUAAGGGCAGCCUGGCAGACGUGGUGGACACGCUAAAACAGCGCAAGAUGGAGGAACUGAUCAAAAACGAGCCUGAAGAGGCCCCCAGCAUUGAGAGGCUGUUGUCAAAGGACUGGAAGGAUAAACUUUUGGCCAUGGGCUCAGGGCACAUCGCAGAAAUUAAAGGUACCCCAGACAGCCUGGCGGAGAAAGAGCGCCAGCUAAUGGGCAUGAUCGGCCAGCUGAGCAGCCUGAGGGAGCAGCUCCUGGCGGCUCACGAGGAGCAGAAGAAGCUCGCCGCCUCCCAAAUGGAGAAGCAGCGGCAGCAGAUGGAGCUGGCCAAGCAGCAGCAGGACCAGAUUGCCCGGCAACAGCAGCAACUCCUGCAGCAGCAACACAAAAUCAACCUCCUGCAGCAGCAGAUCCAGCAGGUCCAGGGCCAGCUGCCCCCCCUCAUGAUCCCCGUCUUUCCCCCAGACCAGCGGACCCUGGCGGCCGCCGCGGCCCAGCAGGGCUUCCUCAUGCCCCCGGGGUUCAACUACAAGCCCGGCUGCAGUGACCCCUACCCCCUCCAGCUCAUUCCCACAACAAUGGCCGCCGCCACGCCCGGCCUUGGACCUCUACAGCUGCAGCAGUUGUAUGCGGCUCAGCUGGCGGCCAUGCAGGUCUCCCCGGGGGCCAAACAGCAGCACGGCGGCAACCUGCCUCCCCAGGCCAACCUGGGCACCCACUCCCCCACCACCAACACCCACCCGCAGAGCGACAAGAGCCGCAGCCCCCCCCCUGCAAACAAGACCAAGGACAGUGAGGGUGCACAGCCACUGAACCUGUCGGCCAAGCCUAAGGCAAGCGAGAGCAAGUCACCCAACUCCCCCCCAACUUCCCCACAGGUCCCUGCUGCUGCCGCUGCCGCCACCAAGCUGGGCCCCAUCAGCUCCAUGAAGCACAGCGCCCCCUCAAGCAUUGGAGGACCGCCAAGCAGAGUUAGCUCCAUAGCAGACUUGCUAUCGUCGCUGUCCUCAACGGCCUACAUGAACGACCACGAGGCGGUGACCAAGGCCUUCGCCGAGGCGCGGCAGAUGAAGGAGCAGCUGAAAAGAGAGCAGCAGGUCCUGGACGCCAAGGUGGCAGCCGUCAGCAACCUGGGCCUCAACAACGGCCGCUCGGACAAGGACAAAGCUGCCUUGGAGAGCUUGAGUCAGCAGCUGAAGCAGCAGGCGGAGGACAAGUUCAGCCACGCCAUGCUGGACUUCACCAUGAGCGGCGACUCGGACGGUUCCCCCAGCGUGUCGGACUCCAGGAUAUUUCGCGAGUCUCGGGGGCGGAGCAACAACGAGCCGCACAUCAAGCGGCCCAUGAACGCCUUCAUGGUGUGGGCCAAGGACGAGAGACGGAAGAUCCUGCAGGCCUUCCCGGACAUGCACAACUCCAACAUCAGCAAGAUCCUGGGCUCCCGCUGGAAAGCCAUGACUAACCUGGAGAAGCAGCCGUACUAUGAAGAGCAGGCCCGUCUCAGCAAGCAGCACCUGGAAAAGUACCCGGACUACAAGUACAAGCCACGGCCCAAGCGCACCUGCCUGGUGGACGGCAAAAAGCUCCGCAUCGGCGAGUAUAAGGCCAUCAUGAGGUCCCGCCGACAGGAAAUGAGGCAAUACUUCAGCGUAGGGCAGCAAGGCCAGCUGCCCCUAUCCUCUGCUGGAGUGGUCUACCCCGGUGCCCUGACCAUGGCAGGAAUGCCCUCCCCCCAGAUGCCCUCAGAGCACUCGAGCAUGUCCAGCAGCCCCGAACCCACCGCCAACCACCACCCCAACCCCAACCUGGCCGGCCUGAAGGGAGACGAGCCCCGAAUCAAGGAGGAAGAGCUGCGGCUCGACGACAGCAACGGCGACGCGUACGACGACUUCGACUACGAGGACGAAGAGGCGGACUACGCCAGUGACAACGAGAACCACAUCACCCAAUAAACCCAAGAUCCCCAAAUUCCCAUCAAUCAGGAAAGUUCUCCUUCAUCCCGCCCCCUAACCAACUCGCCCAUCCUCCUUUAGAAGGACUCUGUGGACAGAGCCCAAACUGCCUCCCACUGGAGUCCUGACACCAGCAUCUGACCAAUCAACGGAAGCACAGGACCUGUCUGUCACACUGACUGUUACACAAGCUGGAGUCUGGGAGGAAGAGCGGACCACGCCAGCCGAGAAGCUCGCUGAGGAGGAUUCAAGUACUACUGCAUUAUGUACUGCCAUGAGUGAGGAGAGAAAAACACUUUUAGUGCUGUUUGUAAAAAGAAAAGUCAAAUGAAAACAGUGGACCUGUCACAGGCUAACAGAUGACACUUUAAGACGGAGGACCUGUUUAUUAUCAAAGACACUUUGAAAACAACCGCUUUUUUUGUUCUUUGGUUCUAUAAUAUUCUCACUCAGGUACACGGUGCCAAUAAGUGGCUUGUGAAUGUGAUUUGUUGUUUUUGUGCUACAAGUUUGGAUAAUAAUAGAAAAAAGAGACUUUUCUUUUUUCCCCCUUUUCUGUUGUAAAGCACCUGAAAGACAGACGUUAUUUUUGAGCAGAAACAGGUUUUUCCCCCCGUUUUUCAGCCUCACUGUGUGCUGUCGGCGAUGCUCCCUCUCUUUUUAAAAGGUUGUCUCUGUUUUUGGCCAAUGAUGGUCCAGCCCUUUUGGACGCCAUAGGGACCGUCCCAGUCGUCAGAGGGGGGAGAAAAGGCUCGUUUCUCUGGCGUCACGGAGCAGAAACAAAAGCACUGUGUUGUGAGACAAUCCGCCACUUUUCUCGCUCCGCCUCUUUUACCCGGAAACCCGUCGCAACGCCGCCCGAACCCUCCGACAGCCCGUGUCGGCGUGUGUGUGUUCCUCCUGACCGGACGCUUGCACUUCUUCUUUUUCUACGUGCAAAAAGAAGCUUAAAAACUCUGGAAAGACAGGCAACUUCUUUUGCUGCUGUUGCUGCAACACAAACACACACACACACAAACACACACACAAGCUGUGCCCUCAAGUGUUUUUUCUGCUCCCGCCAAUCACGUCAUCCUGCUGUAUCCCAGUGGGUGGAGCCGAGGUGAAGUCAGCCAGUCAGUGUUUCUGUUUGUAUUUGAAUUUUUUUAUUUUAAUAUUAUUAUUAUUAUUAUUAUUUCUCUUCAAACUGCCUCUAGACUAAUAAUAUUAUUAACAAUAAUUAUAAGAAUGGUCAGCAUUUCCUAAGUUUAGUAAGUUAUGUACAGUAUAAUUUAUUUUUCUUCUCGUCAAUAAAACAUUAUUCUAUUUAGCUGUUAGGUAUUUAGAUUUGAGGAGUUUUCCUUUUUUUUUUAAAUGCGUUUGUUUUGUAUUAAUUCUUCGGACGGCGGAGCGGGCGGCUGUCAGCCCUCCUCCCAGCCGAACACCUGUUGUCCAGGUCAUUGACUGUAUAUGACAGCUGGAAUAAGUGACUCCGCCCCCUUGGCGUUCCAAAUAGGAAGUACCAGCGGGCUCACAGAGGAAUAAACGACUAUUCCAACUACUGCUACAUUUGUUUACAUGUUCUUAAUGAUCCGCAUCUAUUUGUCUUUAGUUCAAGUUAUUGAAAUUCUGAACUGACCAAUCAGACGCCUCGACAUAAGCAUGCGGUCUCACGUCAGUCGUCCCAAACGUUUGAUUGACAGAUUCCCCUGAGCCCGCUUUCAAGUGUUAGGGGCGUGAUUGGAGUAGAAAUGUUGACCCGGACAGAUCUCUGCUUCCUGACGAUGUUGCGUUCCGACAUCCGUAUCGCGGAAAAAUGACUUUGUUGGAACCAGAAGUGAGCCAUUUUCUAUGGAUGACAUCACAGUCACUCGGUCCAGUUCUCAUAUACAGUCAACAGUCCAAGCCCAUUUCUAAGAAGCACUCAAACUUUUUUUUCUUUUAUUGCCAUCAUAAUUUAAUUUGUAAUGAUUAUCACCAUGUAUAAUGUGAAGGUUUUCUCUCUUUGUGUUUUCUUGUCUUUCGUUUCUUGGGAAAGCAGUUGGCUAAUUGUUUUCUGUGAACAAAGAGACCCGGUGUCCAUGUUUGGCCGCCUCGUGGGGACACAGUGGAACGUCUUUGGCUCUGAUCCUCUUCGAGAUAAAAAAAAAAAAGAAACUUAAGUUACGUAUUUUAAAUAAUCGUCAUGACAACAAUCAAAUCCUAUGCUGUCCCUGCUUAAAACCCUUGUACAUAGAUAUUUUCUGUGAUGCCAGACAUUUUUCAAUCAGAGGAAAGGCAGUGUUUACAGCGAUCCGCCAAAGAUCUUCCACUGUGUGUCCAUAAGCGAGGGUGUCGGCUCGACCUUUCGACCUUGUCCAGGAGCCCUUUGCCGCUCCGCGUGACGCUGCAGGAGCCGUGAUUAUUCUUCAGGCGUGACGUCACGUAGUGAUUCCGCCGCCAUUUUUUAAAACCUUUUUUGGAUGUUUCUAUUUGAAGAAGAACCUCCGGGUCUCGACUGUGCUGUAAAGUCCCCCCCUGUUAUCAGAACACGGAUGCUGGAGAGACACGUGGGGAGGGGUCCUCAUGGUACCGUGAGAACAUGUGAGAACAUGUGAGAACAUGUGCGACAGUCACACGUCAAUCAUCCCUGCUGGCAAGGUCUGUCCCCCACAUGGAGACAAUGAAAAUGAUGAUCAUGUUAUUUAAGACAAUCAGUCAUGAGUGGAGCUCAAAAUGAAGUGAGAUUUAUAACAAACAUAAGAUAUCUGACCGUCUCAGCUUAAAAAAAUCAAGAUAACUAUGUAAAUAUAACAUAGAGUUAUAGAUUUAUAUUUUGUUCAUAACACAGUGUAAUAUAAGUUGUAUAUUUCUUUUUUUUCUUCUCCCUACUGUCUCUUUUAUUGAUGUUAUCCAUGCCACAGAAAAGCUAGAGUUGCAGGACUCGCACAAAAAAAUGAAGAAAAAUAUCAAAGACAUAAAGAAAAAAACCACAAAAAAAGAAGAAGCCGUGGGCUGCCACCACCAUCUGUUCUAAGUUCACUUUUUUUCAGUAUUACGCCAGACAAGGCUCUAAUAAAGACAGCAAUGUGUUCAGUAAAA